AAACAAAAGAAAAGCACAAGCCCCACAGCGUGUGGACUGGAUUAAAAAGUAUCUGAGGAAAAGCCCCAAAUGGGACUAAAGGACAUUACAGGGAAAGGAAAGAAGAACUGAAAGGCCUGGUCCCCAGAAGGGAGAGGCUCUAAAGAGGACUGCUGUGCACUGCAAGAGGCUCCCAUAUCUCAGAUCCUGCCUAGCCAAAGGCAUUGGAUGGAAAGGAGUCUGCAAUGGAUUCUCCAUGCUUACUGGGCAAUGAUCUGUACUCUUUUUUAAACUGCUCCCUGAACAACUCCACCUUGGAGAAUCAAACGUGUCAGACGAACAGAACCAAACAGAUAAGGAAUGAGGAAGUGGCCAAAGUGGAGGUGGCUGUGCUCUGCCUCAUCUUCUUCCUUGCUCUUACUGGGAACCUGUGCGUGCUGCUGGCCAUCCACACCACCCGUCACAAACACUCCCGCAUGUAUUUCUUCAUGAAGCACCUGAGCAUUGCGGACCUGACUGUGGCUAUCUUCCAGGUCUUGCCUCAACUCAUUUGGGACAUCACUUUCCGGUUCUAUGGGCCAGAUUACCUCUGCAGGCUGAUCAAAUACCUGCAGGUGGUGGGAAUGUUUGCUUCGACUUACAUGCUCUUGUUGAUGUCCCUGGAUCGGUGCUUGGCUAUCUGUCAGCCCUUGAGAUCUUUACAUAGGAGGUCUGACCGGCUGUCUGUCCUCCUCACUUGGAUGGUGUGCCUCCUCUUCAGCAUCCCACAGCUCCAGAUAUUUUCCAUGAGGGAUGUGGGCAAUGGGGAGAUUGAUUGCUGGGCAAAGUUCAUCCAGCCCUGGGGUUCUAAAGCAUACAUCACCUGGAUAACCUUGACUGUGUACAUCAUUCCUGUGCUCAUGCUGAGCAUCUGCUAUGGGUUGAUCAGCUUCAAAAUCUGGCAGAAUGUGAGGCUGAAAACAAUCCAUGAGACCAACACAAACCUGGCCUCUGGCCAUUCUCACAGGGGCACCCUCUCCAGGGUCAGCAGCGUGAAACUCAUUUCCAAAGCAAAGAUCAGGACGGUGAAAAUGACCUUCAUCAUCGUCUUGGCUUUCAUUAUGUGCUGGACUCCUUUUUUUAUUGUGCAGAUGUGGAUUGCAUGGGAUGAGGAUGCUCCAAAGGAAGCAUUACCAUUCAUAAUCACUACACUCCUGGCGAGUCUGAACAGCUGUUGCAACCCUUGGAUCUACAUGCUUUUCACUGGUCACCUUUUCCAUGACCUCUUGCACCGAUUCCUCUGCUGCUCCUCCCGCUAUUUAAAAUCACGACAAGGAUGUGACCUCAGCGUCAGCAAGAAAAGCAACUCCUCCACGUUUGUACUGAGUCUCAAAAGCUCCAGUCAGAGGAGCUUCACACAGCCAUCCACAGCAUGAAGGACAACCUAGGUCUCCAUGAAGUAUAUCACCAUGAGUUGGGUGGACUGGCUUCAGUAUCUAUGUGCUUAAGGAUGUAAAGCUGUAGAAAACAGUGGUGUUGGAUGUAAAUACAUACAUACAUACAUACAUACAUACAUAUUAUAUAUAAAAUAUGUUAAAAUGUGUGUAUGUAAAUGUGCAGGAUGUUUCUUAUU